AUGCCAUACAGAAAAUCAAGACAAACGGCAGCUUAGCGACACCACACAACGUCUAUGGAUUUCUUGUGUAAAUAGGCCUUUCUCCUUCUUUCCUUUCCUCCUCCAGAUUCAAUAGUCUCUUUUAUCUACUAGUCAUUGAGCCCGUGACAGCACCAUUGCGUACUUUUGUGAUUCGUUUUAACAACGCGAGGUAGCUGAGAUCAAAUGAUAAAUGCUGAAGUGGCUUACAACACCUCAUAAAAAGGAUCUAUAUGAUCUGUGUUACAAUGGUGUGGUGUGGUCUCUGUGACUGCUCGUUUGGCAGCCAGGAGGCCCUCAGCCAACACCUCCGGGACUCACCCACCCAUCCUCAACUACCCAAAACACCACUGAACAGAUUUUUUCAAUCAUUUGACGGCUUUAUAUUUGAUCCUAAUAUACCAUCGAACGAAUCGUAUUCGUCCUUCCAAAGAUUCUACAGUUGGCGUAAAGGCGAUAAGGACUCAGCCCAAGCUUGGGACCAGUAUCAGGAAGCGCUUACUCAAGAGUUCAAACUCUGGUUUGGGGCAGAGGACAACAUUGCUGCUUGGCAUUCACUUUGUCGCGCUGUGAGGAUUAAACCUCUACCAAGAAGUUGUCUUGAAUGUGGCCGUGCGAGGAAUACGUAUAAAUAUUGUUGGCCUGAUUGAUUGGGCUCGCAGUACUGGAAACCACAGUGAGAU